AGGCCAACAUACGGUAGAGUAGCAAUCACCAGACGCGUAGGACUACUUCAUUUGGAAGCAUAUCGUGAUGUUCACCGGCCCCUAAACUAGCCUUAUUCCAUCGUUUUAGCCGAGGUGGUAUAGUAGCACGUGUGUAGCCAGUCGGCCUGAGUUUCGUAAAGUAGCCGAGCAGUGUGUGAUGUAGAUAUAGGCUGUGAGGUUUUAUACUGGACGACACAUGUCAACCAUUGACGAUACAUCCAGGUGUGGAACUAGCAAGAAGUGGACACGAAAUACAUGCUGACAUUUUAGCUGCGGUCAUUUCGGCUGCUGCGACCAAUUCCUCGUUCCAGACCGUACAUUUCCCACGUGGUUUCAGUAGCACACGCCUUUAAUGGACCAAUUUUACCAUACAUGAACGUAUAUCGGUUUUUGCUGGCGUCCAUGCUGUAUAUGACACGCGUCUUCGUACGUCACUAUAUAUAGUCAUCCUAUCCACAGACGUUGAUAUCGUUCGCUUUCUGUCGAACGUUUAGAUCAGUAGAAAUACCUCUGCCAUCUCUUGGCGGACUAUUUGCGGCGGACCAGCAUGGCGAUUUUACUGACAGCGGUUUCUACGUGGACAUCUGUCGUGUACUGUGCCAUAUUCCUGUGGAGCUUAACAUAUGGCUCUCCUCCAGAGGACACUGAUCCCAAACAAGUACGACUGAGUUUUGGUGAAACCACCCGGGAUGUUGUCGUCAUGGCGGCGACCAAAGAGAACUGUAGCGCCCGGGUGAUGUAUGGGCUUGACUACUUUAACCUGACCACAGAGGUGGCCGGCCGUGGGGCGUUGUUUGACCAGUCAAAGAUGAAUCCAAAGGGUUUACACUUCCUUCACAGAAUAGUCCUAAAGAACCUAAACCCUGGCGUCAGUUACUACUACGCAGUGCAUUGUGACGAGUCUCUGACGAUUACAUAUGGAUUUAAAGUGCCCAAAAAUGACACCAACUGGUCGCCAAAGUUCCUUGUGUACGGCGACAUGGGGAUAGAGUCUCCGAUCGUCCGCACUCUGGAGAAGAAAAUACAGUCCGUGGAAUACACCGCUGUGCUUCAUCUCGGAGAUAUUGCCUAUCAGCUCGAGUCGGAUGGCGGUAUGAGAGGAGAUAAGUUCAUGGACAUGAUUGAACCAAUCGCUAGCCGUGUUCCCUACUUGACAACGCCCGGUAACCAUGAAGUCGCCCAAGACACGUUUGUUCACUACCGUUACCGAUUUUCCACCCCUACGACAGGCUGGCCCAUUCCGUUGAAAAACAUGUGGUACAGCAUCGAUAUUGGACCAGUACAUUUGAUCAGCUACAACACUGAAGUGUUCAAUAUGACAGACAAGCAGUAUAUCGCCCUUCAGCAUGACUGGCUGGUCAGCGAUCUCCAGAUGGCCAAAGAGAACCGAGAAACUGUGCCUUGGAUUGUCGCGUUUGCUCACAAGCCCUUCUAUUGCUCAAAUUCCAACGCACACGACUGCACCCGAGAAAACUCAGUCGUUCGAAAAAAUUUGGAAGACCUAUUUUUCCAGUAUUCCGUGGAUUUGAUCUUGAACGGUCAACAGCAUUCUUAUGAACGCCUAUGGCCGACGUACAAAGGAACUGUUCACGCCGACAACUACACGGACCCCACUGCGCCCGUCUCCAUCAUCAGUGGUACUGCCGGUGGUUCCCAGGGAGUAGACCCCAUGGAACGCCAACCAGGUGUUUGGACAGCAGUCCGCAUAGGAAACGAUUCCAUGAACAGCUACGGUGUUCUUUCUGUGGUCAACGAAACCCACUUACACUGGGAGCAGAUCUCUGGCGUGGAUGACAAGAAAUUAGACUCCUUCUGGAUCUCACAGGGCCGUCAUGGCGGCUUUGUUACGGUGUCUCCCGAUGAACAUAGUGAGACAAACGACGGAUCAAAUCCAUCAGUUCAUGAAACUCACAACACCUUCUCACAACAGGCUACAAAAGUCGUCCAACAUGUGAAAGAAAUCAUAAAAUCCAACAAACCAGUAGCAAUAGGCGUGGCUUCCACCGUUUCCGUGUUACUUUUGAUUGGCUGUCUGUAUGUGAUUGUCCGGUGUCGUCGGCGCAAGUCGUCUCCAAGGAGGUGGGAGAAGUUAGACUAUGACAAGAGUUUUUACUCUGACGUCAAGACUGCAGAGGAUGAUUUCUCCUGCGACGAGACGGAAAUACACUUGGAUGGCAAUGGCACUAUGCCGACAUCAAAGCUGCUAAGCAAAAGUACAGUGUAGCGUUUGAACUGACCUAGACUUUACACUGUCAUAGUUCUGAUAAACUCGUGUUUGAAGUGAGCCGAUAGAGCUCAGGAAGAAUCACCCAAGUGCCGAUGUUCUACUGGUUGUAUGUAUCAUCAGAAGAUCAUUAUCACUAAUGGAGCAACUCUCUAUUACUAAAGCUGAACCGUACUGUGGACAAACAGAAACAACUCGUGUAACAAUAAUAUAAUGUACUUUGCGAUUCUCAGUUAGGAAUGCACUGAUGUGAAGGAAAGAUUGCGUACGUUUUCCAUGAUGAAUUUAAUUAUCCUGGCCAUACAUCAAGCCAUUUCCCAACAUGCAUCAGUUAUUUAUGUGCAUUCUGUCUGAUAAAGCUGUGUAGAACGUCACACAACGAAUUAAAGGGAUACAGAAUCGUUUCUAAUUGGCUGGUGUGAGAGAUAGGCAGGUCAAGACCUAACCUGAAUUUAUAUUCAAACGUUGCUACAAAUGGAGAAUUUAACCCAGGAAAUCUUAUUUCCACUGUCAACCAAUCAAGACCGACUCUGUAUCCAUUUAAAUGAGAACUUAGGGUGGCAGUGCGGUUCAGCUGGCGUAAUGGAGAGUUGCUUACUUCGAGUUCAUGAACUCAUAUUGUACAGAAGCCUCCACAAAAGUGUGUAGUUCAUUGUGGUGUCUUAUCAGUGAUAUCCAACUGCAUUUAGCCUUUGUUGAAUAUAUGGAUGCAUUUUGGCAAUUAUGAACGCUGGUGCUCAUCAAUAGUACCAAUCUGGUGUGAUUUUAGAUGCCAAGCUUUUUUUUAAUUGAUUAGAAUCAGAACACCGUAUUUAUAACGACACUGAAGGCACCACGAAUAAAACCAGGGUUCUCUUUCAGAAUACUUUGCCGAUCAAUUGUUAUUUAAGUUAUUUAUUUAUCUUGUUUAAAGGAGUUGUCUGGAAGUUUGAAAUAGUACAAAGCUACGUGAUUGAGGAGAAAAGCUUUGUCAACUCGAUUCACGAAAGUUUUGUGAAUGUGGGCCCAGGUUGUGCCACUGUAAAUACCUCCGCGACGUAUGGUGGAUUUUGAUGUAUGUAUACAUGUCUGAAAUAGCCUUAGAAUUUAUUGUCAUUAUUUUCAAAAUUGGUCACCAAAUCUUUUAAAAGUGCAAUAUUUAGCUGCGUAUUUGUUUUUGUUUUUAUUUGCGUUUCGUCAGAUAGGAAAUUGCAGAUUCCGGGUUAUCCUUAAAAGGCAAAACACUUGAGGCUAAUUUGUAUAGUGUUCGAUAGGUCACAUGUUUGUAUGAUGAAAAUCGCCUUUUAAAUUACGACACUGAAUUAGAACACAAUAUGCAUGCUGGAAGUUAGCCGGUGGGUAUUUUCGAUUGUAUGUCGGAUAAAGUAGUCCAGGCUUUAGACGGGGUUGAAUUACUGCUUGUGGAAUGGCCUGUGAUAACUGAUAAUUUAUGACAGUUGCUAUCUCACAGCUUUUUUUUUACGAGGAUUCUUACCUGUAAACAGUUUUGAUAUAUGACGCUUUCAUUUAAUCAUAUGGUGGAAGGAUUUAGUGUUGUAUAUAUGGUAAGGUGGUUGGGCUAGAAUUUGGUCGUAGUCCUGUAGAUUAUUAGGCAGUUCUUCGUGUAACCUGAUCCUUCAAAUUAUUUUCGUUUAUCAUUUGAGAUUUGUAUAUUAACAAAGAGAAAGUUUGUCUUCCCAGGAUCUGGUGCUUAUAAUAUUUACAAAGCUUGUUCAGAACUGUUUACACAUUUCAUUUAUUCACAGGGACAGCGAUUUUACAAUGUUCCUAGAGUAUAUCGUGUACCGUUAGGGAUAUUCAUGUUAAAGCCUCUUUUAUUUAUCUUCUGAAAGUCAUUCAUUCGCAUUGCAUAUUAGAAAAGGUUAACGCUUUUGGAGGUGUUAACUUUAAGAGAGUGCUGUAUGCAUAUGGUUCUAGGCCUGUAAUGUGCAGUAUGGGUACUGCUUCACUUUAUCCUAUCCCUCACGUUCCUCGUAUCCCUAACUUUCCUUGUAUCCCUAACUUUCUCUUAUACCUCACCUUAUCUUAUGUCUCACCUUAUCCUAUCUCUCACUUUCUGCUAUCCCUCAUUUUCUCCUAUCCCUCACGUUCUUUGUAUCCCUACCUUUCUCAUAUAUCUCACUUUCUCGUAUAUCUCACUGUCUCGUAAACCGCACUGUCUCCUAUAUGUCACGUUCCUUGCACUCUCUUUAUGUCUCACUUUUUCCUAUACUUUACGUUCCUUGUAUCCCUCACUCUCUUUUGCCUCACUUUCUUUUUCUAAUUUUGAAAUUGAAAUCUGAACACGAAUCUUUCUUCAUUUGUCACUAUGAAUGAAGGAAGACAUAUUGGCGUAUACCUUACGAUGUGUAAAAGAUUUUUAAGUCAAUGACUAAUUAUCUGUGACCGUCUCUGUACAGCUGCGCCCGUAAAGCAAUGAGGUGUUUGUAAAGCAAUGACACAUUCCACAAGAAUUUCAACGUAAUAACAGAGAAUGAUGUGUGCCUGUAAAGCAAUGAUAUAAUCCACAAGAAUUGCAACGUAAUAGCAGAGAAUGGUGUGUGCUUGCAAAGCAAUGACAUAAUCCACAAAAAAUUGCAACGUAAUUGCAGAGAAUGAUGUGUGCUUGUAAAGCAAUGACAUAAUCCACAAGAAUUGCAACGUAAUUGCAGAGAAUGGUGUAUGCUUGUAAAGCAAUGACAUAAUCCACAAGAAUACAACAUAAUAGCAGAGAAUGAUGUGUGCUUGUAAAGCAAUGACAUAAUCCACAAGAAUUACGUCAUGGCAAAGAAUGGUGUGUUUUUACACAUCUUGGGGCCGACAUAUUAUAAGGCGGGUGUUCCCAUUACUUUAUAUCUUGUUGCAUGUUAUUUUUUAUCAUCUGUAUACUUGAGUUGAAUGUGCAAACUAAAAACCGUGUUGUUAGCUUCAGCACAAAUCGGACCAUAAAUCAUUUUUUGAGUCAUGUAUGAUAGUACUGCUUUUUUCAUUUUUGUUAUUGUUGUUGACUGAUUUUCACGUAGUUACAGUAUUGCACGUGAGAUUACACGUGGUCACGUGGUUAGCAUGCAGUCUUCCCAUUCAUACCAAUUUCAGUCUGUAAGGACUAAAGCUAUAGGAUACUAGCUUAAGUAUAGGUCAUACACUGUGACUUUGUCAAUAUUCUGUUUUCACAUAUAGC